AUGGAGCAGAACCAGUUUAAUAACUUCACUCCUAAAUCCAAUAAGAAGAAAUUUGCCGCAUACAAGGCUAAAAAAACCAAUAGUAUUACCAUUAAUGUAGUUGAUGAUGAAGAAUUACUUGAUGACGAUGAUUUAAACGAGGCCGUUGUUGUAAAUGGAGCACAACCUUCAUCUAAGGUUGGAGAUGAUGAAGAGUUACUUGACGAUCCAGAACUUACUGCCCAAGUUGUAAUUAACAAUAAUUCAAAAACGAAAUCUAAAAAUGAAAGAACGCCAAGCUCAGACGAAGAACUCUUAGAUGAUCCUGAUAUCUCGGCCACUGUUACAGUUAAGAAUAAUGGCAUUGUUCCCAUUCCAAAGCAAAAGAAAAAGAAAGGCGGCCAAAAAGGACAAGCAAAGUCCAAUACACCCGAUGACGAAGAACUCCUUGACGAUCCAGAUCUCACAUCGACUGUCGUUAUAGGAAAUCAAUUCGUACAAGACAAAUUUGCUCCAUAUAAACCAGAAGAGUAUCUUCUUUCGGACGAUCAGAUCAAUGCAGUCAUGGAUGCAUCCAACCCACAACAAGCAAAGCAUCCAAAGUCGAAGAAAGCCGACAACAAGCCACAAAAUCAAGCCAAUGACAAAUUUGCUCCAUUCAAUGCCAACCAAUCUCAUCAAAACCAACCACAGCCACAAGAAAACAAAUACACUCCAUUCAAGAACCAGAAAUCCGAGCAAAAUCAGCAAACAACUGACAAAUUUGCUCCUUUCUCAGCCCAACAAGGCCAAAAGAAGGACAACAAGUACUCUACAUACCAGCCUCAGUCAUACCAGCCGCAAAAUACCAAAUAUAAUCCAAAUCAGCCACAAUACAACAAGAAACCAUCCCAGAAGUACCAGCAGCCACAAUCUGCAAGGAUACCAUCCCCAGAACCACAGACGAAAACCAGAUAUAACCCAAUCAAGAAACCCGACCAAAGAAACAGUCGCCAGUACGGAAAUGAAGAGUAUGUCCCACCAUUCCUUCAAAACAACAACCGCCAGGACAAUUACCAGAAGAAGCCAUAUCAUCAAAAAGAUAAUUAUCAAAACAACUCUGCCGGCAUCAUUCACAUGAAAGAUCUCCUGCAGAAUUACUACGACAACACUUCUAAAUACGUAGAACCAACACCGGAUUAUCAUGAUUUUGAUUUACCAAACUACACGAAGACGACAUUGAUCACAGACAUCAAAGUUCCUACAAUUGAUCCAAAUGACCGCGAGUAUUUCCCUCCACAGCCAAUCCAACCCAGAAUGAAUCUUCCGAAACAGAACAAGAUCAUUAAAAAGACACUUGACGAGGUCCUUGCAGAGAAUGAGGCCAAACAACAAGUCUCUGGAUCAGCCCUUUCUUCCGAUCGCCAGAUCAAUGCAACAAAUAUUGAUUCAAUUGCAGCAACUCUUGGAAUCAAAGUUCCUUCCUCCAAACAAUCAGUAUCUACUGUUCCUGCAGAGACAUUUAAACCGAAAAUCAUCAUUUCCGGUUCUGGCAUCGAGAUCACUGUUCGAGAGAAACCAAAUCCACAGCAGCAACAGUCGAAUUCGAUGUCUGUACGUGGUUCUUCACUCAACCAAGGCUUCGUCAAAGAGAAAUCAUCUAAUGAUGACAUGUCAUUCCUCACAGAACAGCCAAAGCCAUCAUCUGUUGUAUCGAGAGACAUAAAGUUCGAUGAAGAUGUAGUUGUAGAACGUCCUGUAAUGAAAGGACACGCUGUUGUUGAGAAACAGACUGCAAACAAAGAAAUCUUCAAACAAUCACUUGUCAUCAAACAACCAGAUGAAUCUCCAUCAAUAUUCGAAUCAGAUGAUGAAGAAAAUCACUUGGAAGAUCAGAAAUUCCUCAAUGAUGCUCUCGGAAUUGAAGAUGAAAUCGGAUUCAAUGUCAAAGAUGAAGAAAUUAAAGAAGAAGAGGAAGAACACGAAGAAGAAGAAGCUGUUGAUGAUGGAAUUUAUGUACAAACAGAAGAAACAAAUCCAGAAGACAUCAAACCAAUCAAACCAACAGACAUCGUUUCUUCCAAAAAUGUCGAAGAACAAACUAAACAACAAGAAGUCAAAGAAGAAAUCAAACAAGAAAUUAAAGAAGAAGUCAAAGAAGAAGUCAAAGUUGGAGAUGAAGAAGAAGAAAUUAAGGAGGAAGUCAUUAUUCCUUCAAGAGUUCAGAGCCAGAAGAGUAAGAUGUCGAAGGGUGGAUCAACAAAUAUCAUCAUUAUUGGUGCUGUAUUCGUUGUUAUUUUGGCGAUUGUCGCAAAAAUGUUCAAAUAA